UGCAACACCAAUUUCUGCAUUACCUUAGUAUAAUACUCGCUUUGCACGUCCAUUUCACCCCCAGGGCUUGCUAGUGGCAGCACACGCCACUUUCUGUUCAUUUGGUUUUCCGGGGCACAGAGAUUCGGGGCGACGAACAAGACCUUACAAACGGCUCAUGAGACUGCUGCAGCACGGCGGCCCGUCAUGCCGAGCAUAUGGCAGCAUGCUGGCAGCAAUACCUAGAUCGGUGGCCCAGUAUACAACCUCGGCAACCCGGCGACAGCACGACCACCAUUCGGGCAGCAAGCGCGCAGGCAAGGCCGCAGGGCAGCGGGAUCACAGCGUGGAUGGUAGGCGCAGAUCGGCGGCGCUCGAAGACAUCUUGUGGGGAAGGUCAAUGCCGUUUGAGCCGCUCAGCCAGCAUGAUCCGGAAACACGGCCAGAAGCAAUUGCCCGGAGCGCCGCUGACCCCAACACAGAACAAAAGGACGGCUUGACGCAGCAGCUUGGAUCAGCGGAGAGCCUGCUGGACCAUUCGCGGGCAUACAUGCAGCUGGCCGAAUCGCGGAUCUCGACCGCAGAUGUGCCUACAGCAACUAAGUCGACGCGUGCGCGGCGAGGAGACCCGAUCGGACGCAGCAUGCCAUCGUCGCUGAUGCGGCGGCUCAACAUGAAGUUCCACGCGGAUAUCAGGCAGCGGCGACGGCGACACGGGCUGCGGAUACGCAUUCUGGGGGCGCUAUCAGAGCUGCAGCACUUGAUCCAGGUGAAACCAGUGGAUAAAAGAGACACCCGUGUGUUUAUGUACCUGUCGGAUCUCAACCGCCACUACACAGAGUACUUGUGUGAGCAUGCAGAGCCCUUGAACCUGCGUUCAUCGACUUGCAUUGCGAUGGAGCGGCACAGGAGCAGUGGCAUGAGCCCAAUUACCAUUGCCGUGGCCGAUGCAGCACAUCCGCAGCUGAUACCGCAGACAACACCGUAUAUGUCAGACAACCCGCACUGCCCGCUGUUUGAUAGAGAGAUGUAUGCACGGCGUCACGCAUCCCAAGGCAUGUCGGAUCGCAUUAGUGGUGUGCAGCCAGACAUUGCCAGCUGGAUUGACUAUAUGGUUGGCGAUCUAGGCGAGCCCGCAGCACAUGCGCUAUUUGCAGUUGUUUCACAAAGCAAAGUGCCCGAGCGCACAUCAUCGAGGCUGCGAGCAGCAGUGGAAGAGGCACUGGUACUGGCAUUCAACCGGCGAGGCUUCACAUUAACUGCGCUAGAGAGCCUGCGUGUGUGCGAGUACUAUUUGCGGCAGCAGGCACAGCCAGUGCAGCCCAAGCAGGUGCUACGCGUCUGGCAGGCAGCAGGCGAGGACAUUGCUGUUGAUGUGGCAAGUGCACAGGACGCCGAUCUGGUAGCCAGCCCCACAAGCCCAGGCAUCUCGGCCGCAAGUAUAAUCGCGGAGCUGGCGUUCAAGCGGUGGAACAACGUUGCUUCGAUGAUGAUCGUGCGGCUGUGCGGCUGGCCCUGCGACAGCAAUGUGGCGGCAGCGUGGGCUCUGGUCCGCGGCUGGUUCCUCCUGUGGGGACCGAUAAUGAAGGUGCUUUGCCCUGUGCCUCGCCACAGCUUUGCCAGCGGCAGCGAUCCGCAUGCAUGGGCGUAUUGGCGCCCGAAGCUGCCUGGCCGUGACCGCCUACAUGCACUGACGUUGAGCACCGAGGCGAUUGUCAGACUAAUGUCAUUGCUGGUGGAUCGUGGACAUACGCUUCACACGGCGCAGGUCCUGGGAUUCGCGAUUUCGGAGAUAGGCGUGCCGGCGACCAUGUCGAUGUUCAAUGUGAUGCUGCGCGGAUACCUGAAUCCAGGCAGGAAACACAGGGAUAACCUGGCGGACCUGUCGUCGCUGCCACUGCUUAACACGCAAUGUGUUUCGCUCUAUGUGGACGGAGCGCGGCUGGCUGGCCAAAAGUCAGACUCGAGCGUGUUCAUGAUGCUGCUUCGUGGCAUGCAGCGGUGGUCAUUGACACCUGACGCCCACACGCUAGGUGUGCUGAUCCUCAGCGCAUGUCAGGACGGCGACCAUGCGAAACUCGAGGGCGUGCUGAGGCUGUUUGCUACACAGUGGGGCAUCGUGCCAAGAGAAUCGAGCUGGCGCGAUAUGGAGCCGUACAACGUGAGCCAUAUAGCGUACAAGGUGCUGGCAGAGCUCGCUGAAGGCCCGAAACCCCCCGACACAUAGAAAUAGUGCUUUCGUAGAAUACACACGCCUUCACUCUG